AUGUGUCGUGUCGAUUAUCGGCUGUUUGAUAUUUCUUAAAUGAAUUGGCAAUCAGAUGUGGAUUAUCUCGUAUGGUAGAUCAACGGGUAGAUUUAUAAUGUAAAAUUACGUGGAAAUUUUAAACUGAGCAUUUUUAGGAUGGGGGUUUCAAGUAGUUCGUUAAAUGAUCUUCAAAAGAAUGAAUAUUUACAUCGAUUCUCAGGAAAAGAAUCUAUUUCUCCUAAUGACCCAUUUUGGAAUCAGUUUUUGUCUUUUACUUUUACUCCACCUCAAACAUGUGCUGAUUGUCGCCUUUUGGAAGAAAGUGUUCAACAAGUAUUAAGGAAUUUACUUACUAACAAUCUUCAAACAAGAAAUUUUAAUUCAUUAAUUAAAGUGUUUCUUCUUCAUGCAGCUGAAUUGAAAGUAUCUACACAGUGUGAGAAUUCAGUAUUCACAUGGCAAACAUAUAAUGCACUUUUUAUACUUCGUUGUAUCAUCAAAUAUUUUAUUGAAACUAUAACGGAGGAGCAUGUUAUUAAACAGUUUCAAGUUAAAUCAAGUACGAAUAUUGAGGGAAAAGAUGAUGAUGAUGCUGAUGAUGGAGUUGAGCUGUUAGAAAGCUUUAUAAAUAGUCUUCUUGAAAUUAUAGUUGAUGUCCCUGUUAUAAAUAUUACUUAUGCUGUUACUGUUGAAGCUAUAAAUACGCUCUUAGUUAUGUUAUCCGUGCAAAUGUUUUCUAAAUCAACAACAAAAUCUAUAAUUUAUAAAACUAUAAUGCAAGGAAAAUGUGCCAUUCAUGCAUUUUUAGUAAUAAAGGUUUUAUUACAACAUUAUUAUCAACAGCAGAAAUGCCCACCCAAUUUUCAUUCCACUUCAAGUAGUGGAAGCAUUAUUCUUGGCUUGGCAUCUGGAUUAUGGAAUGUUCUUACAUUUGGUUAUGGUAAAGGAUCAGGAAAUGCAGGAAAAUCUGUCAUGGAAGAAGCAAUACUUGCCAAACAAAGUUUACUAUUAUUAUUAGUUUUAGUAAACCACUGUACAAAUGAAAAAGAAUUUCUUAAUCCUUAUCGUCAAGCUUUAUUCUCAUUUACUAAUUCUCAAGAUUCAUCAAAUACAAGUCUUUCAGUUGCAAUUCCAACUUUCAAGCUAGAUUAUACUAAGCUUUAUUCAACACUUUCAUCAACAUUAAGUGAUGAUCAAACCACCCUUUUAUUAUAUUUGUUACUACAUCGCAAUAUACAAUUUAAAAAUUUCAUUUUAUCCAGGACUGAUGUGGAUGCUUUAGUUAUACCAAUAUUAAAAAUAUUAUAUAAUGCUCCAGAAAGAAGUUCUCAUAAUAUUUAUAUGGCAUUGAUAGUAUUACUGAUUCUUAGUGAAGAUGAUUUAUUUAAUGAAUCUAUUCAUGAUAUUAUAUUAAAAAAUAUUAACUGGUAUACUGAAAGAACAAUAUCAGAAAUUUCAUUAGGAGGACUCUUGGUACUGGUAGUGAUUCGAACAAUUCAAUAUAACAUGACAAGAAUGCGUGAUAAAUAUCUUCAUACAAAUUGUUUAGCAGCUUUGGCAAAUAUGUCAAAUCACUUCAAAAGACUCCAUCCAUAUGUAUGUCAAAGAUUUUUUUCAUUCUAUGUAUGUCUUAGUGUAGUUUUAGUAUGAUGAUGCAUAUUUGUAUUAANAGUAUUACGUAUGGUAUUAGAAAUCUUAAAUUCUUGUUUAACUGCUCAACUUGCACAUAAUCCAAAUCUUCUGUAUACUUUAUUAUAUAAACGUCAUGUGUUUGAAAUUUUUCGUACUCAUCCAACUUUUCAAGAUAUCAUUCAAAAUAUAGAUACAGUUUUAGUAUUCUUUUCAUCAAAACUAGAAACAGCUGAUAAAAAUUUAUCAGUAGCUGAAGUUUCUGAAAUUAUAAAACAGGCUACUUUACAAUGGCCUUGUGAUAAAUUAAAAAAAUUUCCUGAGUUGAAGUUCAAAUAUGUUGAAGAAGAGCAGCCAGAGGAAUUUUUUACUCCUUACGUUUGGUCAUUAGUAUUUCAAGCUUCGAAUUUAUAUUGGAACCCACAGCAUAUAACUUUGUUUAAUCCAAAUAAAGAAACUUGAAUGAAAUUGGAUUAUAUCAUUAAAUUACAGAAUCUAAAGGACUGUUAAAAAUUAAUUCAUUUAUCAUUUAUAUAUAUAUAUGAUAAAUCUUAAUUAAUACUGUUAUUUUUAUAUAAUUAAUAUUUAAUUCUUUGAAUUACUAAAAGUAGCAGGACAAGAAUUUUUUUAUUGAACAACUUUAGUGAUCUAUAUUAUUACUGUAAUAUUAAUACAGAAAUGUUUUAUUAGUCUAUGUAUUCUAAAAAUUAGAUCAAAAUAAUAU